UGUAACUUCAGAGUAGGCUGCUAGCAAAGGAAGUUUAUCUCAAUGUGGUGGUGCUGCCCCGUUUUCGCGGUCAGCGAGCACGGCAUGCAGGCAUACUGAGUCACGCUUGCUGGACACUGUGUCAUCUACGUGCUUUUCCCUGCUGGAAGAGCAGCAGCUACGCAGACGGUCGGCAGAUAGAUGUCCCACGGCCAACUUGGAUACUCCUACUCGACGUCAUCACAAUUGCUUCUGCCCGGACAAUCUCCACCGAACUGUGGCGAUCCUUCUUCAGGUGGUUUGUCCACCACGUCUACCGGAAGCAGCGCCACCGGAAGUGGUGGCGGAGCGGAAAGUCCCAUGGCUGCCGAGCAGCCUGUCUGCUACGAGCCCUCAAGGUUUCUGUACCCAAGGCUUGCAACAGGACUCGCUGUCAACAGCCUCUACCCUUCGUCGUACGCCGAGCAGUCGGGAUACGUCGCUGCUUUGGGCACAAGUUCUGCAGCCUUUUACCCGUCACUGGAUAAUCGAGCAACAUGGGGCACGAUUCCUCAAGCCGCAGCUGCGUGUUACCCGUACGACCCCGCUCUAGCGGCUUACAGUCCCUACGGGGACAGGUACGGCGCUAUGGACAGCGCUGCGAGGCGGAAGAACGCGACGCGUGAAACGACGAAUACCCUCAAGGCCUGGCUGUACGAGCACAGAAAAAACCCGUAUCCAACCAAAGGGGAGAAGAUCAUGCUGGCGAUUAUCACUAAAAUGACACUUACUCAGGUGUCGACAUGGUUUGCGAAUGCACGACGCCGGCUCAAGAAGGAGAACAAAAUGACCUGGGAACCGCGAAACAAAAACAGCGAGUCAGGCGACGACAAGGCGGACGGCGCCACGUCGGACACGGACAAUGACGGCGGCGACAAGAGCGACAGCGACGUUCACCGCGACGUCAAGCAAGAACUCCAAGAUCCAGAAAUUGAACCUAGAAAAGCGCCUCUAGAACCUGAGUCCGGUUGUCUUGACGUGCACGAUUUCCCACGGACAGCGCAACAGCAGCAUUCCCUUCAAGCCUUCUCGGCGUUCCCAGGUGGGGGCAGUGCGUCUUCGAUUGCGAACAACAAUAGCAACAGCCAUGACGCUUCAUCAGACGAUGGUAGCAACCCAUUGCCCCCGCAGAUGCGCCGUCACCACCACUCAUCCCUCAGGCACUCCGGGGGCUAUCAUGGCGAAAGAACAGCAGGAAACACACUUGUCAUUGUCGACGCUCUCGAAGGUUCACGACCGAAGAUAUGGUCCUUAGCCCAAACCGCGACAUCGGACAGCCCGCCGGGACUAAGGAAAUCGCCAGGCCCGAAUCUUACUAAUCGAUACGGCUUUCAGCAAAGACUUCUGACUGACACCACCGCCGGCAACGCUAGUGUUGGUGGCUAUUACAGGGACUUACAUACCGAUCCCAGUUUUAUGUCAACCGCCCAAUCGUUGCCUUCACACAUGGGUGCAGGACAUUCCAAUGCAAAGGCUUCGUCGUGGCUGAACGGCCACGCUCCAACAGUGCAAUCUUCGUCUCCUACGGGUCAUCCCGAUGUGCUCAAUUUAACUCCGGACAGUUCCCCUACCUCAUACGUUAUCGGACGUUCAAACUUAGGGUCUAUGUCAUCACAAGCACAGCCGCCAGCUCUUACUACAGCCUCCGGAAGAUUCACUAUGGAAGACGACAAGGACCCAUCCGUUAUACAAAGUGAACAGUGCGUGGUGAAGCCGGAAGUGAACUCUGGAGUGUACGAUUCAGGGGCGCUGGAAAUGUCUCCAAGUGAUGUCAGGAACUUUUGCAGGGGCCAGCACGCGUCAUCACACAUUGCACUCCAGGGUAGCUGCCUGACUGACACUGGAGUACCGGGGACUAUCUCCACUUUACGGUUACCUUUGCAUCCGCUAUAUACCUCGUCUGGGGACAAACACGAUAAAGGGACAAAUAAGGAUGGCCCUCAGCGUCUUCAUCCUCCGCAGUCCCUGGUGAACAACAGUCCCCCUUCCUGUAUGUCUAACAGCACUGCCUUCAAGCCGGUAGCGAAGAGCGACGCGAAGUCCAUCUGACAGGAAGAUAUCGGAGGAAUCUCAACUUACUGGCUCCACGACAGCUACAAGACGAGUGUUGCCCAGGAAAGUUGCUGAAGAGGACAUAUCAAGAUCAUCGUCUGCUACGCUGCAUCCGAAGCUUCGCGAACAGCAUUGUACCAAAGACGCUGAACUGACCAAGACAGACCAUGCGCUUCACAGUUUGAGCAAUAUGUGAAAUGUUUUUCGCACGGAUCCGUUUGUCUUGUUCCCGGCAGAAAGCACGAAACAUUCUGACAGGAGAGUCAAGUUCGUCUGAGUCUCAUCUCAGCACACGAGGAAUAAGUGUCCACUGUAUAAAAUGUCGGUACAAAAGUAAUAUAUAUGUAACAUAUUCAUCCCAACAAAGUUGUGUUACUGCACCGAAAUGGUUGCUUUCGUGAGCUGCAUAGCUACCGCUGGAAGCACGAAAUCCUUAUUCUCUUUUGACAUGUCGUGCUUCAUCGCCUCUCCACUGAUGUUCUAGUGCUAUAUAGGAAAGACCUGUGUGCAUGCUUGCUCUGCUAUUGCACGAAACGCUGUGGCAGUUCGAGUGCUGCACUCCAACUUUUUAGACGUUGUUGCUAUCCAUUUUCCAAAUGAGCACAUUACUAGCCGCAUUUGACUCGACGUGGCGUGCUACUUCUAGUCAGAAAUGUUUACAUUUUUUCUUCUUUUGUUGAACGUACGUCGCCACGCUAAUGGUGCGGCUCUCCUAUUGCGUGCAUGGACAAUAGUGGGUUCGGCACGUGACUGCAUGAAUACACGUUGUAACCUCUCUUCUGUUCGACUUCGUUGCCAAUAUUCGGUGCAAGCGAAACAGGCAGAGUUUAAAGUGUACUACAAUACGUGAACGGCACAUUUUCUAGGAAAACUUUAAUAUCGUUCACGAUCCCAUCAUCCUCAUAUGUAACUAAUUCGCUUCAUGUUACACUUGCGCUUUGUUUGUCUUUCUUUUCCUAUUUUUUUCUCCUUACGCACCGCCCGUGGCCGCCCACAGAUAUACACGCAGCAACGGACAAAAAAGGGGCGAAUUUUUUGCAAUAUACGGUUACAAAAAAAAAAAAGUUUCGCAUACAUACAUUAUACUCGGUGCUUAAGUCUAAUAGCGUCUGAACAUCGUAAAAGCAGAGUCAUUUUGAUAAAAUGUUUAAUAACGCUCACCAAGAAUAUGUAUAUGUAAAUAAAUUUACUUAACAUACCGCGUGACUGUUGAAAGAAUAGUGCCGUUAUUAUUCAGUUCAUUACUUCAGUCCCUCGACUUCACGUUUGUAGAUUUUUCUACGUGUAAAUACUUCUAGAUACCUAUAGGACGCCGCUUGGAUCCCGGCUGUACAUAUUCCGACUACGAUAGGAUGUAAUUACCGUGUCACGCAUUACACUUUUCAUGCUCGUUGUGACGCAGCAAGCAUGAAAGGCAGUAUGUAGCCCCGAAGGCGAGACAUUCAGCUUUGUUCACCUCGAUCACCAUACGUUCACCGAUCACCUCAAAAAUAUUUCCUAUGGGGUUCAAACGAUGUUUGCCUCUCAAGCGGCAGAUUGUUACACGUACCAAAAUGUGCGUCUGUACUCCUGUUCUGCUAGACAGUCGUAACAUCGUGGACGUACAGAGAUAGAAUGCUGUUUGUAUGCUACGUUGCGAGAAAUUAUUAGGCCGCCACUACAAGUAUUUAGUCUUUGCCCGUUUUGGUUGGAGAUAAUCAUGUUCGCACUGCUCUGUAUUCUCUUGUGUUCCGAUGUAUUGUGAUACGUUUUUUUUU